GAAGCAGCGGAGCAGGUCAGGCAGCACGCUAUGGCUUUAGCUCAACACGUGUGUCUGGAGGAAGAGAAGGACUAUGUGCCAGACAGACAGGCUGAUGUGAAAGCUCUGGAGGACAAGGAAGGCCAUUCAGAACUGGACAACAAAGUUUGGACUGAAGCAGUUAUGUCCAGCAGUGACAGCAACUUACAGACUGAGAAGGAUCUUAAACCAGUGAACAGUUAUAAGGAAAAGGUUACUAUCACAGCUAGCACAAACACAGAGACAGUUUCUAGUGUCACGUGUGCUCCGAGACUCAGCUCUGUGUCAGAUCCUUGUACGGAGGGGCACACACAGAGUCCACUCAGACAGAAGACAACACUCAGAGCAUCAUGGUCCAGUUGGCACCCAGAGGAGCAGAUGGAAUACAAGCCAGCGAGCUGUUGGUCAGCUCCCGCCAGGUUAGCCUCUGCUGCUUGCAUGUUGAGUGAGGCACCACACGACCAGCCUUGGGUGACCAGAGUGUGUCAGGGGACACAGCAGGAAUCUCCUGACGUAAAACACCAGGAGGAGGAUUGCGGGGAAGCCUGCAUCAGCACAGAAGCACUUUGUCGUGUUAUGGAAACAAAGAGCCGGAGCUUUUAUAGCAUAUGUUCUAUUGACGCCGAAGACCUUGAACAUGACCAUGAGCACAGUCAGCCCCAAACAGCUGGAGCAACACAGUCACUGCACACAGCUGAAGGACAAACAGCCCCCCCACCCUGCUUAGCGGAAGUCCCAGACUCUAGCCAAUCAGAGGCAUUUACAGUCUGGGACCACACAUAUGUCACAGAAUCUAAAAUGAUUAGCAAAUCACAUGAUGAGAAAACAACUUCUCUCCAGUCACAUGUUGCUAAAACACGCUCAGCAGAACAAAUCACCCAUGCUGUGCCCCUGGACUCUGUGUCUGACACAUGGCUCCUGACUAGUAGUCAUCAAAGUAGUGAAGACCCCCCGGUAUCCUCACUAGAGAAUAGUGAGUCUGCACAGCUGAAUUCCCAGAGAGCUGCAAUAGAAACAGAUGCAAUUACAUGUGAUGUUUCAAAUCUCACAAUGCCAGUUACAUGUGUCCAUGUGGAGGAGAAGAAUGAAGCUGCUGAAGAUGGGACAGUCAGAGAGUCAAAGGAGAUAAUACUGACAGAGGACUGUUUUCAAGUUCAUAGUGAGUGUUCAGAGGGCGAGAUUAUGUACUUAGAGGACUGCUUGGCUUCAGAGGACGUCUGUAAUGUGACAGAAAAAAGAAUGGUUGACUUUCAGGAGAAAGACGCUGAUCAGAGCGUUGAUUCUGACUGUGGUCGUUUCCAGCAGUCUGAAUUCAGAGCAGAGCUGGACAUCAUAAAUUCACACUCAGCCACCGAAACCUCUAAACCCAACACUUCAUACCUGAACCCGGGAUUUUUAAAUAUGAUCCACAAGGAGGAGGAAGAUGAGGAGGUUGUAUUCCCUCUGCUCGGAGGGGAGAUUGAAACAGAUGAAUCCUCCCUGCAAAGUGAAACUAUCCCUGUGAACAUUCGCAGAAUACAUACUGGAAAGGGUGAAAUUGGUCACAGUAGUACAGCCGAUACGACUCUCACAGAGGUGUCUUCGCUUUCCACCAGCUCCUCACUGUCUUUGUCGCCCACUAAAAUGGCCAUCGCCGGCCUCACAAAUCUGGCUCCUCUCUCACAGUCAACAAAAAAUAACUGUAAAUCCAUCACAGUGGUGAAUCCACAGUUACUAUGUAAUCGCCUGAUUAGCGAUACUGAGUUUGAUUACUGUGACAAAUUGCUUAAUUCCUCUGGUCUGAACACUGAGGGUGGGGUGGUGUUUGACUCAGAGGAUGUCCUCAACAGUGGGGCAGUUGAAACUCCAAAAGCAGAAACUCAUCAGAAAUUUAAAUCUAGUGAGAGAGGUAAUGUUUCCAUUGGUUUACCUGAAAUGGACCAAAACACUUCUGACUUAGUAAGGAGUAAUAAAGAAUGUGACAUCUUGUCUGAGCACUGCAACGCUCGUGUGGGUGUAAAUAUAAGCAUCACUCCUAAGGGCCCGGAGAUUUCUGAGGAUUUGAGUCACAGUCCUCUCACACAGCCUCCGCCUGCUGAAAGCAAGCUUUCUGUUCAUACUUCCUCCACUCCACUGCUUUCUUCUUUUUCUCUGUUCACUUCUGAGACUGAAAACUCUGCUACCAAGAGUAGAUCCAACCAACAAGAGAAAAAUCCAUCAGAGAAUAAAGUAGAGGAGACCGUUGAACAGCUGACUCACAUCGAGCAACUUGUUGUGAUGCCAGUCAGGCAUAAAUCUGUGGAUGCAGUGGAGCAGCAUCCCCGUAGCUCUCAUCCAGCCUCUGAAUCCACAAAAAUAUUUGCCUCCAGUGUUUCCUUUGACUGUGUGAACCCUCAACUGGAUGCUGGUAUACAGGAUGACACUUUUGACAGUUUAUCACAACUGGAAGAGUCAUCAGAUAAAAAUCACUUGGAGGAAACGAAUGAGAUGAAGAUGGACACAUCACCAGCUGAGUCCCCUGCUCUAGCUUAUGAUAUGCAUUCAGAAAGUCACAGGGAUUUGCUCUCUGAAACUACCUCCAAAAGCAUUGAGAUUCACACUGUUACCAUUGGGCAUGACAAACACAACAUCGUAGAUGACUACAGUGGUCAGAUUGACAAUAUCUUGAGCAGCCAAGAGGGUCACAAUGUGAUGGAUGUGGACCCAAAUCAGAUUGACAUUUACGCCUCAACCCCGUCUUAUGAAAUUCACUUACUGGAUAAUGAACCACUUGUUACUGCUAAGAAGGGAGAGAAUGAAGGAGGGAUGAUGGAGAUGGUAACUGAGCUACUGGGAGAGGAGGCAGAGUCCUCUGUCUGCCUCCGACUUUACCCAGACCCCUGGAUCAGGCUGUGUCUGGAAGAGAACUGUGAGGGGUGGGCUCAGGGGGCAUGUGACGCUGAACGCAGCCAGGAUGAAAGCAAGAAGGGCAGCAACACAGAACUGAUCCCAUCCUCAGUGUCAGAGAUCCAGCCCUCUAUGGCUCUGCUUGGAGCUUACCCAUACAGCACCAUGAUGCCUCAGGGAUCCUGUGUGUGGGACUGGCACACAAAUUACACUCAGUCUGAAACUGUGGCUGCCACUAACCUUAGCCCUGAUGCCCGAAAUUGGACUGAUGCCAGCUUCAGUUUUAUUGUCCCUGAUGCUGCAUACCAGCAGCCUCAGCAGCCAUGGCUACAGGUUCCCAAUAAUCUGAUCCAUCAGGAAGGAUAUCUGCCAGAGUUUCAGGUGAACACAGACCUUACUGAAGUUAAUCCCUGUAUUGUGGAGUAUCAGACACUGACUGCUGAUGUUCCUGUGGUUUUUGGACAGUCCACUGGCCCACCUGUUACAGAUGAGGUUAGAGAAGAACUGGGCCAAGUUUUGGAGUCUUGUCUGACCAGGGAGAACCUUGGCAGCGAUCUAUUCCUCCAGUCUCAGAUGGACAGUGACCAAUACAUUUCCAUCGCCACUCUGGCCUGCAUUGACAAGAUCAAGAACCUCACCACAGACCUGAACGUCAUCUGUGAUGUUCUUAGAACCCUGCCACUGAUCCAGAUUUCUCCAUGUGGAAUGAAAGUCCGGCCUGGAGUGAGCCGGUGUGUUGUGAUCCUGCGGGAGAUUCCUGACACCACACCUCGUGAGGAGGUAGAGGCUCUCUUUGAAGGAGAAAACCUGCCAAAGUUCACGAGCUGUGAGUGUGUACACAACGACAACUGGUUCAUCACCUUUCAGUCAGAAGCUGAUGCACAACUGGCCUACAAGUACCUGAGAGAAGAGAUCCGGGUGUUCAAGGGAAAGCCGAUCAUGGCAAGGAUAAAGGCUAAAACAAUACCAGUCAUUACCUGCGCUUCAAAAAGUGGCUACAGACCCGUCCAGCUGGAUCAGUGUAGCAAUCAAUACACCUCCUAUUUCCCGCCGACCAUUUUCCAGCAGCCCACACAGCAGUUGUUUGAUUUCAACAGUGAGGUGUGGAAUUCAGCUGCAACAGAAUGUGCUGAGCAGCCCCAUUUGUCAACAAAUGACUUAAUGGAUGGGUUUGCAAUGCUUUCCAACUUCAAACCACACAGCCAGCAAAAGCAGAGUAGAGGCUCUAGGUCGUCCCAUGGUGGUAAUCGUUGGCAAAGCAACUGCUCUCAGCCAUCAGAGCAGCCAUCAUUGUAUCGUUCCUCAUCCGCCACAAAGCCCGGUCGAGGCCGGACACGCAGCAGCUUGCACCAACAGAACAAGGGUGGAAUGACUGAGUCCAACAAGAAAGUUUCUUCAACCACCCUUGAGCAGAGAAGAAGAAACUUUAGCCAAAGGGGUAGAGAGAAAGCAAAGUCCUGGGAAGGGUCUACUCAACAUCGUCAGAAUCUGCCAGGUCUUCUUCGUCAGCCCUUUCCUCCUCCUGAGAGCACUGUAAUGGAGAGCCUUACUCUUUCUAUGGAAAAUGCUGCCAUAGCAACUCCACCUGCAUCUAAUGGCAACAUCAAGGGUCCCAACAAAAGCAGCAGCGGCUGCGCACCCCAGCCGUCAGAGGAGGCUCGGCCAGUGUCACAGCAGAUUGUAAAGGAGAGUUCUAAGGUCUCAACCAGUGAGGAAACAUUAACUCAGCUCCCUCAGGAAGAAGCCUCAGACUCCCAGAAACUGAGCUACGCCGAGAUCUGCCGUAGAGGAUGUUUCAAAAAGUCGGUGUUGCCCACUGAUGACCAGUCCGACUCAGCUCCACUGCCAAAGUAAUCAGAUAAGAUGGAGGCUUGGCCUUUUUUUUUUUUUUUUUUUUUCUCAUGAUAACAUGUUGUUUCGGCCUAAUCAUAU